AUGCGGCUGCUUCAGGCGGCGCACAACCUGGUGCUCUGCCUCGGCUCGCUGGCGAUGCUGCUCGGCACGCUGCGCGAGCUUGCGAGGCGAGGCGCGAGCGAGGCGCCCGCGGGACCGCUCGGCAGGGCGAGCUUCCUGUUUUGCGAGCGUCCCGACGCGGUCGCGGUCGGGCCGCUCUACGCGUGGUCUUAUCUCUACUACUUGAGCAAGUACUACGAGCUCCUCGACACGGUGCUGCAGCUGCUCAAGGGGCGGCCGCCGCCGCACUUUUUCCUGCACGUCUACCACCACGCGGUGGUGCUCUUCAUGGCGUGGAGCUGGUGCGCGUACUGCCAGAGCCUACAGUGGGGCGGCCUGCUCUUCAACACCGCGGUGCACGUCCUGAUGUACUACUACUACUUCCGGACCGUCCUUAAGCUGCCCACGCCGUGGAAGCGGCUCGUCACGCAGUUCCAGAUCGUCCAGUUCGGCUUCUCCCUCCUCUGCUUCCUCGUCACCGCCGCGCUGCUCGCCACGGGCUCCGCCUGCGCCGGCACCGGCGCGCUCGCCUUCAACCUCGCCUUCAACGUGACGCUGCUGCUGCAGUUCUUCGGCGUGCUUGGCAAGAACGACGCGCGCAGCGGCGGCAGCAAAAAGAGGAGGGAGUGA